CAUUUCAAACCACCCGAUGAUUUACCACUGUUUCAGUUUGUUUCAGCUUGACUAACACACUCACAGGCACACGGGCAAGGCUUCAGCCAUGAAGCAACACUGCAACAGCCUCUGCUAACAGUUACUCAUUUCGGGUCAUAUGUUUAUUUUUGUGUUUUUUUUGCAGAAGCCCACUUGAGUGUCAGUGAUAGGGGCUUUGACGCAGAGCAGAGUGAGGAGAAGGGAGGAAUGUAGAUGACCUCCUCUGGUCUUUGAUCACCGAGCAGCUCUUGUGCUUAUCCGUGGAGUCCUGCUCCGGGCCCCCACCACCCCGCUCUCGCUCUCUACCACUUCUCACGUUUGCAAAAGGAGGAAAAGUCAUUAAGCAGAACUGGGAGGAGAGAGAGCAGUUCGAGUCCUGCUGAAGCUCAGAGCCACAGUCAGACAAGAGCUGGCGCGUGUCUGAACAAGAACAAGAGAAUCUCUACUAUUACAUUUCCCUCAGCACAUGAGGGGAGCUCAAUACCAUGCCAAUUUUUUUUUGUCAUUUGGCUAAUAUUGGCAAACAUGGAAACCUUAAUGGGAAAGACUUCACUCCCUCAGGAAGGCACCCACAGCUUCCCCCUAGUGUCCCACUGACCUGAGGCGCAGGUGGCCGGGAAGCUGUCAAGGGUGACAACAUGGGGAAUGUCAUUCGAGGAGUGGUGGCUUUCAUUCCCUCAGAACGCUGCCAGAAGUUCCUAGUCGGGGACCUGAAGGAGAUGCCCCUGGACAGAACCCUCGACCUCAGCAGCCGGCAGCUCCGCCGUCUCCCCGUGUCAGCCUGCGUGUUUAACGAGCUGGUGAAGCUGUACCUGAGCGGGAACCACCUGAGCAGCUUACCUGCCGACCUGCACGGCCUCAGGAAGCUGCAGCUCCUGGCGCUCGACUUCAACUGCUUUGAGGAGUUGCCGUCGGCCGUGUGCCGACUGCCCCAGCUAAACAUCCUCUACCUGGGCAACAACAGGCUCUACAGACUACCCAGAGAGCUGGGGCAGAUGAAGGAGCUCAACACGUUGUGGCUGGAGACCAACUGCUUCACGGAGUUCCCACGAGUGAUCUGCGACCUCCCCAACCUCAAGACUCUUCACUUCGGCUACAACCAGCUGCGCAGCCUGCCAAUGGAGCUGGGCGGGCUAGCGGAGCUACGUAGCAUCUGGUUAGCUGGAAACCAGCUGAAUGAGUUCCCCCCCGUGUUGCUGGCCAUGCACUUUCUCGCCGUGAUCGACGUGGAUCGGAACAAGAUCCGUCGUUUCCCGGGCCUAGCGCACUUGCAAAACCUGAAGCUGGUUAUCUACGACCACAACCCCUGCGUGAACGCACCGGUGGUGGGAGAAGGUGCCAGGAGGGUGGGCCGCUGGGCGGACAGCUCUGAUGAUGAAGAGGAGGAGGAGGGCUCCAAAGUGGAGGAAAUUCCAGCUGAGGCUCAGGCACUACUAGGAGACGAACGGUAACAGUUGUUAUUGAUGUGAAUGUCAUUAGAGUCUGACUUUGAGUUGUGGCAAAGUCCGUCGGUGCCCCGUGAUGUGGAGAACUUACUGGAGAGGCCGUUUGUUUUGGCAUGUUACACAAGCAGUUGGGCCUGAUGAUGUUUGGUUCCAAAUAUGGUCAACUUAAUGAUGUGGACUUACAGAGAUGGCUAAGCCACCAGCUGUUACGUUUGGGUUUCUGUCACAGACCACACAGACCUCCUCAGUGCGGUCAAACAUGUGCAACCGAGUUCUUAUUCACUGUUGAUCUGUUCGUUUGAAAUAAACGUA